AUGGAUCAGGAAGUUCAGAGGACGAGUAAGGAGGAAGUGAGGGCAGCCAUGAAGAGGAGGAGGCAGCUGGUCCUCAUGACAUACCCGUGCAGGAUGAAGGUGAACAUCUUCUGCUGCCUGUUAGCCUGCACUCUGGGCUCUAAUGUCACUGCAGGUUUAACCCAUGAAGUAUUUAAGGAGGGGACACAGGUCAGUCUGCGCUGUCCUCACUCUGUGGAGGGUGAAGUGAGGUGGAGCAGAGAGAGUGGAGGAAGCAGAGCUGACAUACUUACAGCUGAUGGAGACGGAAAUAUAAAACACAUCAAUGAUUCACAGAAACGAUACAGUUCACUGGCUGAUCGAUCUCUGAUCAUCGUCAGAGCUUCUGUCUCAGACUCUGGCAGAUACUUCUGUAACCAUGAAGCAGCUGUGGAGCUGACAGUGAUCCCAUCAGGAACUAAAAUAGUGAGUGUUGCAGAAAGGAGCAGCAUCACUCUGAACUGUUCUCAUGAUGUUGGAGGAUCAGCUGUUCCAACAUGGAGCAGAGACUCUGGAGAAAUAAAUGAAGGAAGGAUUUCUGUUUCCACUGAGGACAAAACAUUAAGUAUAAGAGAAGCUGAGCCUGCUGACUCUGGACUGUACAACUGUGAUGGAAAACCAGCUGUUUAUCUGAAUGUGACCAAAGGACAGAGAUCUGACAGAGCUUUUCCAGUGCCGACUUUCCUGAUAGGAACUGGUCUUCUUCUUCUCUCCACCCUCAUCCUCAUCACUGUCUACUUCAUUUGGAGAUGCAGGUCCAACAGACGAGGGACUGACAAACAGCUCCACGUCUAUGAUGAGAUACCAGCUGCAGCAGAACUUCAUCUUAUAAAUGGAGGAUCAAACCACAAUGAUCCCACAUACGACAUCAUGGCUGAGCUGCCACAGACUGGAAACACGACAGGUUCUUCACAGCCCGUCAACAACACGUAUUUCUUACUGGAGAAACCCAAAGCAUGAAGAAGCGGGCCGGACCAGUUUAGUUUCACCUGAAUGCUCUGCUGUCAGGAACAAUCUCACUCAGCACAGAUGUUUAUGGGAACAUAGUGUAUAACAUAUGUAUAGGGAUGGGUAUCGUUUAGGUUUUAUCCGAUACCGGCGCCAAACCG